UGAUUAUUGAAUAACCCAUUGCUGCCUAAGGUCAAAAUUCAAAAAAUUGACAAUCUAUUAGUGGCACUUUUUUUUACCGCCGCAAACAAACCCUAAUUUCAUUCCUCUAUUCAAUUUCAAUCGGAAAUGCAGUGAAACAAAGAGUGGUAAACAAUAAAUUGAUAUUAAAAAAAAUGGUGUUUUGUGAUUACUGUUUGAAAAACGUUACUGGGGAGAUAAUCGAUGACGGUUACUUAUGUUGUGGAGAUUGUGGGAAAGUGUUGGAAGAUCACCGUUUUUCUCAGAAAACAGUGUUUUGUGAUCACUGUUGUGAAAACGUUUCUCGUAUUCGACUCGAUGAUGGUCCCUUGUUCUGUGGAGAUUGUGGGCUGUUGUUGGAAGAUAGUGUUUUAGUUGGGGAGUCACGCCGUGCGAGAACUGUUGCUAAGAAGGUUGAUGACUACAUUUCCAGCGAGUGCAGAUUCUUUCACCGGAACAUUGAACGUUGGGAAUGUGAAAAUCGAGAGUAUCUUGAGGAACUAGCUGCCAAGGAAAAAAUUGCUAAGAAAGCUUUUGAGUCGUUUUUCCGAAACUGUUCUAAUGAUUCGCUUGCAGCAAGAGACAAACUUGCUCAAUCUGCCGUAGAAUCUCUGGCAAAAUCCAGAAAGGAACAGGCACAAACUCGAGAGAAUCUCAAGAAAGUUGCCUCUGAAAAUGAUAAUAUUUCGGAAUCAAAGUCGAAGGAAAUGGGUUCAUUUGACGAAUUUAAACAUACUUCGUAUCAAGAAAAUGGAGGAAGGAAAAAACGACAAAGACGCUUUGCACCCAGAAUAUGCAAAUGAGACAUAACUACGAAGAUGAUGAUUAUGUGUGGCUAUGAUGGUUAUUAGUAUAAGGUUACUUAAUAUAAGGUCUUCUUACUUAAGUUAUUUGUAAUAUUUUCGAACAUAAUCAACAUAGUUGGCAGCAGCAGAGGAAGCAAAGAUUGUCGAAAAUCUUGUAUGUUGAGAUUCAUGAUCAUCCAACAGGCUAGAAUCAAUUAUUAGUAUUAGUUCCUUCAAAAA